UAAUCGAGCUACAGACCUUUUGUUGUUGUUGUUUGUUUUUGUUGUUUUUUUUAACUACUUGUCGCCUGUCAACUGUUAGCCAGAUGGAAGUUACAACUCGUUUGUAAUCAUAAAGUGUUGUGAGUAUCCUUGGAAAUCUUUCAAAAUCUUUAGUGGAAAUUUAAAUAUGUAAACAAUAAUAUUUACGAAUACGAAUAAAAAUGUCGCGCAAUGUCGCGCAAUUCGAUGAAACAAAAUCUUGCAAUUGUACCACUGUCAAUAACAUACCCAUGAGGCUUAGCGUCAGACAGGAGCUGACGUCAUGUGCUAAACAUCGUCAGAGACACAGGUGCACUAGUUUGUAGAUUGUGACCUUAUCCAAAUCAUUAGUGUUAUAUUUUUCAUUUUGUGUAAAUUUUAAGUGUUCUCCGGCUGGUGUCGGAGGAAGAUUUGGCACGUUUGUUUCCAAAUUAUGGAUUCAGAAGAGGAGACACUAUACGACGAUUUUGACUCUGGGAAUGAAUCAAGCGGGGAUGAUGUUGAUUUUGCAAUGGAAGUUGAGACUAACAAUCCUAGAGAAAGGCAAACCGAAGUAGAAGAAUAUCCAUUUGAAGUGUUAUCAACUGAAGAAAUUGUUCAACACAUGGUUGAUUCCAUCAAGGAGGUUAACACAGUUGUGGAAAUUCCUGCAACCACCACACGCAUUUUACUUAACCAUUUCAAAUGGGAUAAAGAAAAAUUAAUGGAGAGAUUCUACGACGGAGAUCAAGAUCAACUUUUUUCUGAAGCUCGAGUUAUAAAUCCAUUUAGAAAGCCAGCUGUAAUUAACAGACCGAAGGUAAAGCCACCUAGAAGAACCUCGGCAACAGGAACUGAAGAAUGUGAAAUUUGCUUCAUGGUUCUUCCUUCAUCAAUGAUGACAGGUCUAGAAUGUGGGCACCGAUUUUGUAUGCAGUGCUGGGGAGAGUAUCUUACUACAAAAAUUAUGGAAGAGGGAGUUGGACAAACUAUAGCUUGUGCAGCCCAUGGUUGUGAUAUUUUAGUGGAUGAUGCUACAGUGAUGCGUCUAGUACGAGAUUCGAAAGUGAAACUCAAGUACCAACAUCUAAUAACAAAUAGUUUUGUUGAAUGCAAUCGAUUAUUGAGGUGGUGUCCAUCUCCAGACUGUAAUAAUGCAAUUAAGGUGCAAUAUGUAGAGGCACGACCAGUUACAUGCAAAUGUUCACAUACAUUUUGCUUCGCCUGUGGGGAAAAUUGGCAUGAUCCUGUCAAGUGUCAUUUGUUACGCAAAUGGAUCAAGAAGUGUGAUGACGAUUCAGAAACAUCUAAUUGGAUUGCAGCAAAUACUAAGGAAUGUCCAAAAUGUAAUGUUACAAUUGAAAAAGAUGGUGGUUGCAACCAUAUGGUUUGCAAAAAUCAAAAUUGCAAGGCUGAUUUUUGCUGGGUGUGUCUUGGGCCAUGGGAGCCUCAUGGUUCAUCUUGGUACAAUUGCAAUCGAUAUGAUGAAGAAGAAGCCAAGGCAGCAAGGGAUGCACAAGAACGAUCCCGUGCAGCUUUACAACGCUAUUUGUUUUAUUGUAAUCGGUACAUGAAUCAUAUGCAAUCGCUGAAAUUUGAGCAUAAACUCUAUGCUUCUGUGAAAGAGAAGAUGGAAGAAAUGCAGCAACAUAAUAUGUCAUGGAUUGAGGUUCAGUUCCUGAAAAAAGCUGUUGACAUCCUCUGUCAGUGUCGCCAAACAUUGAUGUAUACUUAUGUGUUUGCUUAUUAUUUGCGGAAAAACAACCAGUCAGUCAUAUUUGAGGAUAACCAAAAAGACUUGGAAAGUGCUACUGAAACACUCUCAGAAUAUUUAGAACGUGAUAUUACAUCAGAAAAUUUGGCUGAUAUUAAACAGAAAGUGCAAGAUAAAUACAGAUAUUGUGACAGCCGAAGAAAGGUGUUGCUGGAGCAUGUCCAUGAAGGUUAUGAAAAAGAGUGGUGGGAAUAUACAGAAUAAAGGGAGCUGACUGAAAGGCACAAUGUGCAACGUUUUGUUUACCUUCAGUACAGAGUUCUACUGCUUGCAAGCACCUGAGUUACAGUAAGCAGGAAAGUCAGAUCUCUGAACAGCAAAAGCUGUUGGUAUGUUAAGGGUUCCUAUUAUGGGUUCCAUGUGUAAAAUGUAUGAGUGGAAUGCAAUGGACUGAUCUGUGAGCCAUGCUCCACCCUCUAAAUAUUCUGGCUCUUCAAAGUGACUAGAGGAGGAAUGAAUAAAGGAGGAAAAUUCCAUGUACAGAUUAAAGCAAUUUCCUAAAAGAUUUGUAAAAAAAAAUGUAUUUAACACCUUCCAUGCUCACAAAGACACUGUACCGCAGUCCUCCUGGAUGAUUUCCUAAAAGGAACUACUGAAGCCUUUCCAUUUUUUUAGGGGGUAUUGAGAUGUACAUACAUAUUAAUUUUACUGUUAAUUCUCUUUGCUUCAUCAGCACCAAUAAUUUACCCUUGUACAAUCAUUCAAACAAAAAAUAUUGUAAUAUUGUAUUAUUAUUAUUAACCUCAUCAUGAUGUAUGUGGGCCCUGGUCAUGCUUCUGAUCUGUAAAUUCAGAUGUCAUCGAAGGAAGCUGCGUGUGAGGAACUGACAUUUCUGAUGGGCUGGUAGGUGUAGGGCUAUGCCAAUAUCUUCAUUAAAGUAAGAAUUUCAAGAGUUUUGAACAUGCAGAUAUUUUUUACUAUUAAAUGAAGAAUGCAUCAUUGUAUACGUGCCAGCUCUUACAUGGUCCAUUUGAAUUAUAUGUCUUCCUGGACCUAUGCCUAACUGGAUACAAUGAUGUAUUGUACAUAUGUUGCCCUCUAAAUAUUGAUUCAUACUAUUCAGGACCGGUGUGAGGCAUUUUAACUCUAUUAAAUAAAGAGUGCCAGACAGCUGCAAAUUGUUUAUUGUAGGUAGUAUACGAAAAUAUUUGCAAAUUUAGGACAUGACUAGGAAAAAAUUAAUAAGCAGGAAUUGAAAGAAAAUUUGACCAAAGACAGUCCACGAUUGCUUGAGGACAGUGUAGAUUAUUUCUUAUAUUUCUUUAUUUUGGGGGUGUUUGUGUCCUCUUGCAAUAUUUGUAGUGCGCCUUAGACCGGCUCUGGACAGUUGACUUGUGAAGUACUGUAGUACAUAAUGUUUUAAUGUGUUUCCCUCCACAAGCUUAGCUUAAAAAGUUACUGGUUAUUGGUAUUGGAAUGUAGUGUGGAUAAUUUUGCUGCUAGCAAUAAUUUGUGUGUAACACAUGUUGAACUAUGCAAUUCACUUUCUGCAGUUGACGAAUCUACCUAUGUAGUGUGACUGUGAUGAAUUUUUCUCAAAUUCUGAAUUUAUAGGUCCUGGUAUGUUAACCACUUGCUUCAGAUUCUUUAAUAUGCUCCUGUAUUUAGACAUUAUUUCCAUCAAAGGAAAGGAAACAUUUAAGUGUACAUUACUGAAGACUUAGAAUUACAGCAUUCAACAAAAAUUUGUUAUGACAAGAUUCUUAAUUCCUGUCUUACGAAAGAUCUGCAGUGUUCAGCUUUGCUUUUAUAAUGAUGUGGGAAGUUCUUGAAGUGAUUAGUACAAUAAGUCUACAUUCUUUUACAGCAAUAUGUACAGUAUUCACUAAAUCAUAACAUAGUCUUUGUGGAGAUUACGUGUGUCGACUUAACCUGUGUUUUCCAAGAACAAUAAGAUCUUCAUUGCCUCUGUCAUCAUUGUAGUAUAACAAUUGAUACAACCAUUUUAUAAGUCAUUAAAUCUCAGUUUUUCAGCUAUGUAUUUGCUAUCUCAUGUUUUGGAGCAGUUGAAGUAUUUGGGUUUUCGUGUGUGUUGUCUUCAAGAGUAGGGAAACAUGUUCACUCAAAAUAUAGUUUGUUAAUUUUGAAUAGUUGUAAAUGCGUUGUGUGUGAAUAGAAUUUGUUUUAUUAUUAUUGUUGCUUGAAGUCCAAAUAUCCUCUUGUGACAAGCCAAGUUGACCUGACUGUCUUUUUCAUGUUUAUCUUCUCAGUGUGUGGUGUCAUCAUGAUAAACAGACCUUGAAAAAAAUUGUAUGACUGGUCAUACAUUUCAUGUUUGCUAUUCUCAAAACGGUAUCUGUCAGGUCAGCAUAUAGAAAGUUUGGCUGCAAUGCGAAAUACAUUUAUGACAUGUAGUCUUGAAUUUGUUUGUUAAUCCAAGUUCCAGUUUUUGGCAUGAUUAUAGUGAAUGUUAUAUGAAAGGAAGAUCACAGUUCAGCUACAAGCCAGUACCUCCUAAUACCUUCUUGUUUGCUCAAUGUCUAGCUAGCAGAAGGUCUUCAGUAACCAGUGACUUGGUGAAUUUAAUGGAGAGGAACGAAUAGCUCUCAGACAGUAGUUAUUGUAAUUUUUUGUGAUGAAGGAAGAUUGAGUUAUCUAGUGAAAGAUGUAAAAUACAAUUUUUGUGAUGCUGACAUUAUAGCUUAACAUGCCUAGCAACUUAAUUUCACCUUGAACUUUGCUGGUAUUUUUAAGUUACAGUCUUGUUAAAAAAAACUGUACAUUUGUAAUAUUAAUGAUAAUUAUAAAUUGUCUUUCAUGUGCUGUUGUAUUUUUAUUUUCCUAAAAUAUUCAUUUUAAAAGACCUGGAAAUUUGUGUACAUACAAUUCUAAAUAAAAUUUCAAAUGUUUAUUGCAUUUGCUAUAAAUUUCAGCAUUUCUUUUGGCCUAUUGCAGUCGGUACCCCCUUUUCCAAAUAGUCUUCCUUAUUUCUUAAAUGUAUGUUAUUACAGUGUUGUGGAAAUUUGGUUUUUUGUAAUCAUUGCUGUUUUAACUCAUUUGACUCCAUGUGUGAAUCCACAAAAUUAA